GUCCAGAUGAAAGGAGAAAUAGUGGUAAUUUUCUCUCGUUCCCACCUUUUUGUCUUCCGCUUCCUCAGCACUUGCGGUUAGCCUACCGAUAGAGUGAGACACUACAAACAAGACCAUUGUAUGACUUUUAGGCUUGACUAGCACACACCCACACCCCUAUAAACCCUGACUGAAACUGCCUCAGAGGGGAACGCUCUGUCACAUUCACACUUGCGGUUAUAGCCUAACAAGCGUGAACAUAGCCUAUGAUGGCCAGUAAAUCCUGGCUGACUUAUCAAGCGACACUGAUGCUGCUCUUAAUGUCCUGGAGGGAGAGCAUGCAUUGCAAUGGACUUACAGUGGAUCCUCCUGAGGACCUUAUGAUAUUAGACCCUGGUCAUCUUGGAUAUCUCGAGAUUACAUGGAGCCCCCCUGCCAGCUUGAUUAAUAUGACAGAGUGCCCAAAACUGUAUCAAGUGGAGUACUUCAACACAUACAGGGACACCUGGACUGUUAUCAGGUCAGAUAGGAGGACACACAGUGCCCAGUUUGAUCUGAUGAAAGAUGUUAGAGUGAGAGUGUACACCUUGCUGAGUGGACCCUGCACCAACGGCACUAUGAUUAAGAGCACAAGCUACACUGAGCUGGUCCAAAAACCUCCCAACACAGGUGUUGUGGGUACCACUGUUCAGGAUUUUGUCUGUAUGUACCAUAACAUGAAGUACAUGGAGUGCAAUUUUGGAAGAAGCCCAAAUAUGCCGGCCAACUCACAGCAAAAUCUAUAUUUCUGGCACAAGAAGCUGGAUCAGGCAGAGGAAUGCCCGAAAUACCUGAUUUUGAAUGGAACCAGGAGUGGCUGCAACUUCACAGAGAAAUCUCUCCCUGAGUUCACUGAUAUCAACUUCUGUGUUAAUGGCUCCUCUCCUGAAGGGCCCCUGAAACCAACAUUCAUCUCCCUGCAAAUUCAAAACCACGUCAAGCCUGAAACCACAGAGAAGCUGCAUCUGCAAACAGGUCCAGACGCGCAGCUGGAACUACACUGGGAAGGUCCUGUUGGGAUUAUUCCUGGACAUUGCCUUGAUUGGGAUGUGGAGCACAAUCAAGAGGGACCUGAUGGGAAAAUUGCUUCGCAGCUGAUUUCAACCAAACAGAUGAGCCUAACUCUGCCCUCCAUCCGCGACAAUAAGAGAAGCUGCGUCAGGGUUCGGUCCAGGUUGAAUAAGUAUUGUGCAGAUAAGAGCUUUUGGAGUGAAUGGAGUCGUCCGACAUGCCAGCCAGAAACAAGAGAAGUGGCACUGAAACCAGAAUGGGACAUGGUACCUGUCUAUGUAUAUAUCGCUGUUGCCAUCAUCGCCAUACUGGUGCUGACGCUGUGUGCGGGGGCAGUGCUCAAAGUGAGGAGAUCAAGACAACUGAAGGAUCCAGACUCUGCUCACUACAUUGUUUGCCAGAAAUUCAGUACUUACAUUUGCGGAGGCCUAAAAAGGCAAGAAAAUCUGCACCUUCAUCGCUCUCAAACCUCACCUCUGUCAGAUUUUUAAAUUGCAGCAUUCCAGCUGCAAGCAGGGUCUCUGUUUGAAAAUCACACAAGUCAUCACCUUAGAUUGUAACCACUGCUAACACAUUGCUUAAGACGUGACAUAUGACGCUCAAGGUUACAGCGGUUUAUUUACCGAAACAUGUAACAUUUACAAACGUAUAUAUAAAGUAUUAUAUUACUGUAAUCCAACAUACUGCAUUGCACUUGCUUUUUUGAUUAUGCAUUGUUAUGCGAGUGUCAUGUUAACUGAAAAUGUUUUGGCGUAAGUAUUACUCUUAAUGAUGGUUUUAUGGUUAGUUUUAUACUUUUUUUUGUAAAAUUGUUUACUUUUUGCCACAACUCUUACCAAUUAGUUCAGACAACAACUGAACCAGGUGCUUUUACGUAAUGCCAAGACUGCUUGCCAAGAGUUUAAACCUACAUUGUGUAAUUUUUUUAGUUGAUUCUUAGCAAAAAAAACCUUUGUUCUUUCACAAAUAUGUACUCA